AUGAUCCCAGUGGAAAGAGAGACUGUGAAGAGGAAACUUAAGGGGAGAAUGAUGCAGAUGUAUGCCCUAGGGGGUACAAUCGGUACCGGUCUGUUUGUGGGUAUUGGUGGCGGUCUCGCCCAGGCGGGACCCCUGUCUCUGUUAUUGGGAUACUCGAUCACUAGUAUCUUUAUAUUCUCCAUGAUGCGAUGCCUGGGAGAAAUGACAACUUGGUUGCCUCUUCCUGGUGCUACGCCGAGAUUCUGCUCGCGCUUCGUCGACGAUGCACUGGGCUUUGCAGUUGGCUGGAACCAGUGGUAUAACUGUGCCAUUACAGUCUGCGCAGAGAUAUCAGCUGCAGCUGCAGUAAUUCAGUUCUGGAAUGACACCAUUUCUCCCGCCGUAUGGAUCUCCAUCAUUCUUGUCCUCAUCUUCAUCUUCAACCUGAUCGACGUGGGCAUUUUUGGCGAAGUCGAGUUCGUCUUCUCCUGCGUCAAGAUAGUGGCUCUGGUUGGCCUUCUCAUCCUGUCCCUCGUCAUAGACCUGGGAGGCGGCCCUACUCAUGACCGACUCGGAUUCCGAUACUGGAACAACCCCGGCGCCAUGGUCGAAUACAUCGUCAGCGGUGACACCGGCCGCUUCCUCGGCCUCUUCAACGCCAUCGUCAACGCAGGCUUCGCGUUUGCCGGCAUCGAAAUGAUUGCCGUCGCGGCAGGGGAAACAGAGAACCCUCGCCAUAACAUUCCAAAGGCCGUGAACCGCCUCUUUUGGCGCAUAAUCUUCUUCUACGUCCUUGGAACCCUCGCAAUUGGCGUCAUCGUACCUUACACAGAUGACCGUCUCCUGAAUGGCGGUGCCGGAGUGGCCAGUUCGCCAUGGGUCAUUGGCAUCACGCGUGCUGGCAUCAAGGUCCUUCCAUCCAUCAUCAACGCCGUCGUCCUCAUGUCUGCCGCUUCAGCAGGAAACGCCCUUCUCUACAGCGGCAGUCGAUAUCUACUUGCCCUCGCCGAAGGUGGCCAGGCGCCCAGGUUUCUGCUCAAGUGCACCAAAAGGGGCGUUCCCAUCUACUGCGUUUUGGCCACGGGGUCUCUCGCGCCACUUACCUACAUGGCCGUCAGCUCCGAUAGCGCCAGGGUGUUUUCGUGGUUUGCCAAUCUCGUGACGACUGCGGCGCUGUUUACGUGGUGCAGCAUUUGCAUCGCGUACAUUGGUUUCGACCGCGCACUCCGCGCUCAGGGGAUUGACCGUAAGGGAGAACUGGCUUUUGGCGGGGUCUUUCAGCCCUAUCUUUCGUGGGCCAGUCUGGGGUUCUUCAUCAUUGUGAUUAUUUUCAACGGAUUCAGUGUGUUUAUUCAUGGGCACUGGGAUACGCAAAAGUUUGUGGUUGCCUAUGUUGGCAUACCCAUCUUCUUUACGCUGUUCUUUGGGUGGAAGGUUAUCAAAAAGACAAAGUUUCGCAGCUCCAGAGAGAUUGAUCUUGACACCGGACGGCAGUUGGAUGAGUCUACCGAGUAUGAAGGGAGGCCGAAGAACCUAGUCGAACGGCUCUGGGCUUGGGCUGCGUGA